AUGCACAACAUGCUUAUUAGAUCAAAGAAUAAUAUAGCUUACAUGAUAGACCUGUAUAAAUUGUUCAACGGCAUGAAUGUCCAACUGCAAGGCGAUAAACUAAAUUUAAUUAAAACAAUAAACAUCGUUGCUGUUUUCGCAGCCAAACUGCUUCUACACAAAAAGAAUAUGGGCAGAUGUGAAUUUCUCAAAUUUCUGAAUUUAUCGAAAUCCUGCAGUAACGACGAUUUAUUUGCCUACUGCCAAUAUUUGGAAAACCUCCAUAUUGACUUCACCGAACGAUAUCAGGACAGUUUGACCUUGGAAAUACCAGAGUGGGUGUUGGAUCAGUUUUCAUAUGUCAACACAGCAAUUUCACCUCAAGUGGACCAUUGCACCCUGGAUUAUGGUCAAUCACUCAAUGACUCUUGA